AUGGGCAACUUAUUGUGUUGUGUACAAGUGGAUCAAUCUACAGUUGCCAUUAAGGAGCGUUUUGGCAAAUUUGAUGAAGUACUUGAACCAGGGUGCCAUUGCUUGCCUUGGUUUCUUGGAAGCCAGCUUGCUGGCAAACUCUCCCUUCGUCUGCAGCAAUUGGAUGUACGCUGUGAAACCAAGACAAAGGACAACGUAUUUGUCAAUGUAGUGGCAUCAAUUCAAUACCGUGCCCUUUCAGACAAGGCAGGUGAUGCUUUCUACAAACUUAGCAACACAAGAACCCAAAUUCAGGCCUAUGUCUUUGAUGUGAUAAGAGCAAGUGUUCCAAAACUCUAUCUUGAUGAUGCUUUUGAGCAAAAAAAUGAAAUUGCAAAGGCUGUUGAAGAUGAACUUGAGAAGGCUAUGUCUGCUUAUGGUUAUGAAAUUGUUCAGACUCUAAUUGUCGACAUAGAACCAGACGAACAUGUUAAGAGGGCAAUGAAUGAAAUCAAUGCUGCUGCUAGGCUAAGGUUAGCUGCUAAUGAGAAGGCUGAGGCUGAAAAGAUUUUGCAAAUUAAGAGAGCUGAAGGUGAAGCGGAGUCUAAAUAUCUGGCAGGAUUGGGUAUUGCUCGCCAGCGUCAGGCAAUUGUGGACGGUUUAAGAGACAGUGUAUUAGGUUUCUCAGUUAACGUUCCUGGAACAACUGCAAAGGAUGUUAUGGAUAUGGUUCUCGUAACUCAGUACUUCGAUACAAUGAAAGAAAUAGGUGCUACCUCCAAGUCUUCUGCUGUGUUCAUACCCCACGGACCUGGUGCAGUUCGUGAUGUGGCAACUCAGAUUCGCGAUGGACUUCUUCAGGCUUCCCAUCAUAAUCUAUCUUAA